AUGAUCAUUGGCAAUUAUUUUUUCUUCGGCGCCGAAGUCAAUGCAAAGUGGAUGGAUAUGGAUGGCCGCACCGCUCUGAUGCAUGCCUUUUGUCUGUCAACCGAGACGACAAGACGCCCAGACUUCUUUGCGGAUUGGGCCGCGCUGCUGGCUCUUCACGGGGCCCGCGUCGACGAGGACCGCGGCUUGGGACACACGCUUCUCAUAGAGGCUUGCUACAUGGGCCUGUUCGACCAGGCCCGUGUCCUCCUCUCGGUCGGGGCAUCGCCAGUCACAGCCUUCCUUCGCGCCGGCUGGCCGGUAAUGGCCAAACGGGCUCUCUCUCAGGGCGGCUUCUACCACAUCAGGUGCAACGGCAACGGUAUCCCGGUCAAGGACUUCACGCCCCUUGAGAUCGCGUGUCUGCCGAGUAUGCACGCCUUUUCAUAUGGGUUGUUGCGCUAUGAUACAACGAGAGUCGACGCCCAGACAGAAGCCAGAAGCCAGGCCUGGCGCGCGUCGAGAUUGGCGUUCCUCCGACUCUGA